CAAGGGUUUCAGCUACCACCAAACAGAGAAAGAAACAGCGAAAAUGCCGGCGGGUCAUGGAGUGAGGGCGAGAACUAGGGAUCUGUUCGCAAGAGGGUUCAGGAAGAAGGGAGUUAUCCCACUAUCCACCUACCUCAGGACCUUCAAAGUCGGAGAUUACGUGGAUGUCAAGGUUAAUGGAGCUAUCCACAAGGGUAUGCCUCACAAGUUCUACCACGGUCGUACUGGUCGCGUCUGGAACGUUACUAAACGAGCCGUUGGUGUGGAAGUCAACAAGCAGAUUGGUAACAGAAUCAUAAGGAAGAGGUUGCACGUGCGUGUGGAGCACGUGCAGCAGUCAAGGUGUGCUGAGGAGUUUAAACUAAGGAAGAAGAAGAACGAUGAGCUCAAGGCUGCAGCUAAAGCUAGAGGAGAGACAAUCAGCACCAAGAGACAGCCUAAAGGUCCCAAGCCUGGUUUCAUGGUCGAGGGUAUGACGUUGGAGACUGUCACUCCCAUCCCUUACGAUGUUGUCAACGAUCUCAAGGGUGGUUACUAAGUUUUCCAUUUUUCCUUUUAUCUGUUCAAGAGUUUUUGCAUUUUGUUUCUUUUUUGAACCAAAGACUGAUUUUUAUAUGGUAUGAAGAUGUAGUUCAGAUGGUUGUUAACUGAUCGUUUUGCAUUAAUUGUUUGCUUAUUUCGUUCAUUGGUUUGUAACCAUCACUUUCUGCAGACAUAAAAGAGAGCAUAACUCUUACUG